UGGUCAAAUAGAAGAAUCCAAGAUGGCUGCUCACAUGUCAAGAUUAUGGGGCUGGAGCCGAGCGCAGAGGUAUGGCAUCGCAGUAUGUAGGCAGUACAGCAGCGGCAGCGCGUAUCCCAAUGUGUCCCUGUCCACACCGUUACCCGGGAUUCCCAAACCUGUCUUUGCCUCCGUGGACGGCCACGAGAAACACGAGACUAAAAUCACCACCUUAGAAAACGGACUCAAAGUUGCAUCUCAGAAUAAAUUUGGUCAAUUCUGUACAGUUGGAAUUUUAGUAAACUCAGGCUCGCGUCAUGAAGCAAAAUAUCCCAGUGGAAUUGCACACUUUUUGGAAAAGCUUUCCUUUUCUUCUACAGCCCAGUUUGGAAGUAAAGAUGAAAUUCUCCUAACACUUGAGAAACAUGGAGGCAUAUGUGACUGCCAAACAUCCAGGGACACAACGAUGUAUGCGGUUUCAGCGGAAGUUAAGGGUCUGGAUACUGUAGUGAACCUCCUGUCAGAUGCGGUUCUACAGCCUCGUUUAUUAGAUGAGGAGAUUGAGAUGACCAGAAUGGCUGUUCGGUUUGAGUUGGAGGAUCUGAAAAUGAGACCUGACCCGGAGCCUUUACUAACAGAAAUUAUUCAUGCUGCUGCGUACAGGGGCAACACCGUGGGCCUGCCUCGCUUCUGCCCUCCCGAAAAUGUUGAGAAAAUUGACAGGAAGCUGCUUCAUAAGUACCUACAGAGCUAUUACUGUCCGGAGCGCAUGGUGCUGGCCGGGGUUGGGAUUGAACAUGAGCAGCUUGUGCAGUGUGCUAGAAAGUAUCUCCUAAAUGUUAAACCAGUAUGGGGUGCGAGCACACCUGCCAACGUCGACCAGUCUGUAGCACAAUACACGGGUGGCAUUGUUAAGAUGGAGAAGGACAUGUCAGAUGUGAGUUUGGGUCCAACACCCAUUCCUGAACUAACACACAUCAUGAUUGGACUGGAGAGCUGUUCCUUUUUGGAGGAUGACUUCAUCCCCUUUGCGGUCCUCAAUAUGAUGAUGGGAGGCGGAGGGUCCUUCUCUGCCGGAGGGCCCGGAAAAGGCAUGUUUAGCCGUCUCUACCUUAAUGUGCUCAACAGGCAUCACUGGAUGUACAAUGCUACUUCGUACCACCACAGCUAUGAAGAUAGUGGUCUGCUCUGUAUCCAUGCAAGUGCAGACCCUAGACAGGUGCGAGAAAUGGUGGAGAUCAUUACGAGGGAGUUUAUUCAGAUGACUGGGACAGCAGGAGAAAUGGAGCUAGAGAGAGCCAAGACGCAACUGAAAUCCAUGCUCAUGAUGAACUUGGAGUCACGACCGGUCAUCUUUGAAGACGUAGGUCGACAAGUACUUGCGACAGGCAAGAGGAACCUGCCACAUGAGCUGUAUGAGCUCAUCAGUAAUGUUACAGCUGUGCUUUUCUGUGUAAAACUGGGCAAACCCAAAUGA